AAGUUGGAGAACCAAACCGAAAAUCGCCAGAAUGGAUAAGGUUGCCCCAAUCUUCUUCUCGUGCGGUUCCUGAGGGGAAAAUUACCGCCGUCGGCGGCGGACACGAGGGCUCGCCGGGCCAGGGAGAGGAUCCAGGCGCCACCAAACCUCGUACGCGAGGACGCCGCCGUUGCUCGGACUUGAGCGCGGGCCACCUCCACCGCGUGAUGCGGCUGCUCUGUGGAGAGCCGGGCCGAGGCCCGCUCGGAGGAGCGGCGUGUCGUGGCUGUGGUGUCCGCCGCGCCCGGAGGACUGAUGCUUCUGCGACCGUCCUCGACGAGGUUGUUGCCGCUACAGUGAUGGCGAGACGGCGAGACGGCGAGCAGCAGUGGCCGCUAGUUCCAGUUCAAGAAAUUAGAAAAAGACAUGGCGUUCGUGCCGAGAGGAGCCAGGCCGAGGGGAGCGUCGUUGCGCCGAUGCGCGCCACUGCCUCCUGUCCCGCAGCGGGCUGCAACGAUGAGACUCUGUGCGCGUGCCGGCCGGAGGGUGUCGCUGCAGAGGGUGGUCGGCCAUGGCCAUAUCCUCCGCGCCGUCGAUCUGCGCGGAUGUGAGCCUUUUCUUGUUCUGCUCUUUUUGUUUGUAGUUCAAGAAUGAUCAAUUCUUCGUGAGAUUCGUGUGAGCGCAUAUAUACUAUUAGUUUUCCUAUCAACAAGAUGUGUUCUUCA